AUGACUUCUCGGGUGGCGAGGAUGAGAACUCUAAGUAGGGAACAACGGAUGACUGAUAUAAAUGGGAGACUAAGYCAGGCCCAGCAAAAUCGACAAGUGACUCAACAAGUUCCAGUGGUCACUCCUCAGAUUGCUAAAAACUGUUCAUCAGGCACACGCCGAGGUCCCGUAGUCGUUGAUGUAGAGUCAGGUAGUACUGCUAGGUCAAGCAGAAGCCGCACAAGGCUUCAUUCUGCUCGAGCUAGUGUUGAAAGUGAUGAGCUUAACAAGCCGAAAAAGUCCAAGGCCGUUGCUCCUCCUGUUGAGGAACCGAAAUUUAACUGUCCGAUUUGUAUGUGUCCGUUUACUAAGGAGACGUCGACAAAGUGCGGUCAUAUUUUCUGCAACAGUUGCAUAAAGAAAGCAAUUUCUUGUCAAGCUGUUUGCCCUACGUGUAGGAAAAAAGUCGCCUCUAAGGACUUGAUUCGGAUAUUUCUUCCAUCCACCAGAUGA